AUGUGGACUUGUGCCGUCAUCCGAAUCACAGUAUUAUCAGUAUGUGUGAGUAUGUGGAUUGGAGGUCGAACGUCCGCCGAGAGGGCAACUAUUUCAGCGCAAGCAAACGAAUACAAGGGGCUUGUCAUCGCGAUACAUAACAGUAUACAGGAAGACGAUCGACUAAUCGAGAGAAUUAAGACCGUCUUUACGACAGGUUCAGAAUACUUAUUUAAUGCUCUGCAGAGAAGAAUCUUUUGGAAACAAAUCACAAUACUCAUCCCAAAGACAUGGUCGGUAAAACCUGAGUACAUGGCAGCGAAAGAUGAAUCCUUCGAAAGAGCGCAUGUUAUUAUUGACAAUCCCAACCCCGAUUGGGGAAACAACCCGUACACUCAACAGAUAGGUGGGUGCGGUAAGAAAGGAGAAUACAUUCAUUUGACUCCAGACUAUCUGUUGGAUAAGGACACAAGUGAAUACAUUUGGGGACCAGCAGGUCGUUUAUUGGUUCAUGAGUGGGGUCAUCUGAGAUACGGACUAUUUGACGAAUAUUUCACAUCGUACGAGGACCCCGGUGUCAAGCCUUUCUAUCUGGAUAGGAGAGAGCGAUUGCAGGGAACAAGGUGUUCCCUGGAAAUCACCGGGAUCAACCGAAAUGGGAGAUCGUUUGCCCAAUGUACGAUUAAUAGAAGGACAGGUCUCCCCGAAGAAGAAUGUCUCUUUUUCCCCGACCUCGAGGGUCAGAAAGCAACAGCUUCUGUCAUGUUUGCUCAAUACUUGGACCCGGUCACAUCGUGGUGUCACAAUAACACGGACGAUCCAAGCGGCCUCCACAACAGAGAAGCUCCAAACAGGCAUAACAGUAUGUGCAACGGAAGGAGUACUUUUGAAGUGAUCCUGGAAUCUAAUGACUUUACAGGCAAGAAGAAUCUGCCCUUACCACCCGAAGACAAUGUCAACACUGUACCUUAUUUUAGACUUGUUCAGCGUCGGGAGAGAAGAGUGGUCUUGGUCUUAGAUGUAUCAGGAAGUAUGGAGGGCAAGCCAUUGACACAGCUGUUGCAAGUAUGCACUAACUACAUACGUAACACAAUUGACGAUGGUAGUUAUCUUGGGGUAGUGAAGUUUGAAGGCAUUGCUGAAACUCUAGUGGAUCUCAUGCUUAUUGACGGGCCACAAAUCCGUGAAACUAUAAUAGCCAAUUUACCGACAUAUGCUGGUGGUCGUACAAGCAUAGGUGGGGGUGUCUUGAAAGGAAUUGAGGUGUUGUCAAAUUUCGGAAACGAAGAUACCACUGGUGGCUAUAUUAUACUCGUGUCUGACGGCGAAGAGACCAGCGAACCAAUCAUCGACGAUAUCUGGGGCGAUAUUGAGUUGGCUGGAGUUGUUAUUGACACAGUGGCCUUUAGUGACAAAGCAGACAAAAAGCUAGAAUCUCUGGCAACCAAGACGGGCGGAUUGUCAUUUUUCUUCUCCGGCAACGAUGAUACUACCGCCCUGUACGAUGCGUUCACAAGCACAAUCACAAAAAGACCAGGGGAGUCAAGUAACAAUUUGCCUAUCCAGCUCUACAGUGGUGUCGUAAAGAUUCCGUCUAAAGCCGCCAAAACCGAUUCAGUCUCCUUGGACUCGGCUCUUGGUAAAAUGACCCUGUUCUCGUUCACCUGGACCACAAAUGAAGUAAGCGUAAUAAUGACGUCACCGGAUGGCAUCGAAAUAAGUAUUAAUGACGUUGACAUCUAUAAGGUAGACAGAGCUUUGAAAAUGAUUUCAAUAAAGAUUCCAGAAAUAGCACAGAGUGGUAAAUGGACAUAUGUCAUUAGUAACAUCCACCGGUCGGACGAAGUCGUCAAUGUCGGCGUGAAAUCGGAGCGCAAAAGUAUGGAUGUUGAACCGAUACUGUUGAGAUCACAGCUUGAUUCUACACUUGUUGACUACAGUCAGGGACGUGCCCCAGUGAUUAUUUACGCAGAGGUCACCAGAGGUUAUCAUGCCGUUGUGAAUGCUUCAAUUAUUGCCUUUGUCGACAACACAGAGGGCUAUACGGAACAGCUUCGUCUGCUAGACAACGGGGCAGGAUCGGAUAUCACAAAAAAUGACGGCAUUUACUCAUCGUAUUAUUUUAACUUCACCAGUGAUGGGCGGUAUGGUGUCCAGAUUAAAGUAGAUAACUCCGAAGGGUCUGCUAAGUUAAGAACGCGCGUCAAUGGCCGUAGCAGAGCUUUCCCCCGUGGAGUUAGUACUGAUGGUAGGAUUUCAGAACCAACGUAUGAGGACGCGGAACAGUUUAAUCGAGCGAACAGUGCGGGUACAUUCGAGGUUACUGGGUAUUACACGGACCCGAACGCACCAUUAGAUGUAUUCGCUCCGUCAAGGAUAAUAGAUUUAGAAGUUGUGUCGACCUCACAUGAACACCGGACUGUUGUACUGCAGUGGACUGCGACAGGCAACAAUUUUGACCAAGGAACAGCGGCUGAGUACGAUCUACGAGUCAGUGAGGAUAUCAACGUUUUGUACGAUGACCUUGAAACAGCCUAUAAACUUGAGAAUGAUGAUGUGACUGUCGGGGAUCUCACGGCACCAUUGGCUGCUGGGUUAAUACAACGCAUAACAGUUAAGAUUCCAUCCACCGUGGAUAAGACUGCCAUCAAAAUAUCUUUUUCGAUCAGAGCGUUAGAUAACGCUGGCAAUCGUGGUGACCCGUCCAACGUUGCUACUGCUACAUUGUACGCCCCGGGCGCUGACGCCGUAGUAAUUAUAGUAGUGGUUUUUGUCGUACUCGUUUUCUUAAUAUUGCUGGUCAUUGCAGUAUGUGUGGGGAUUGUAUUAUACAGGAAGAAGCAGACAAAGGCGAAGACAUCCACGGCUGAACGAGCAACAUUCACUACCAAGGCAACAACAGCAACAGUAGUUGUGAAGAAAAACACUCCUAAAGGCGGAUUAAAAGUGAUGGUAUAA